GAGCCGCGCUCACGUGACCGCGGGUCGGGGCCGGCAAUAUGGCUGCGCCCAUGUGCGCGACCCGGGCGUGUCCGGAGCCGAGCGCCCGGCCCCGCUGAGCCCGGCCCCGCUGAGCCCGGCCCCGCUGAGCCCGGCCCCGCUGAGCCCGGCCCCGCUGAGCCCGGCCCCGCUGAGCCCGGCCCCGCUGAGCCCGGCCCCGCUGAGCCCGGCCCCGCUGAGCCCGGCCCCGCUGAGCCCGGCCCCGCUGAGCCCGGCCCCGCUGAGCCCGGCCCCGCUGAGCCCGGCCUGCACCGCACCGCCAGCCCUGCAUGGAGCUCCGGGAGUCCUGGGCGGCCUUGGCGGCUGGUGGAAUUGCUGGUGUGUGUGUUGACUUGAUCCUUUUUCCCCUGGAUACUGUAAAAACAAGACUUCAGAGUCCUCAAGGAUUUAGGAAAGCUGGUGGUUUUCGUGGCAUCUACGCUGGUGUUCCUUCCACUGCAAUAGGAUCCUUUCCAAAUGCUGCUGCUUUUUUUAUCACCUAUGAGAAUGUGAAAUCCGUGCUGCCCCAUGGAUCUUCAUCUUACUUGUCCCCUGCAACACACAUGGUGGCUGCCUCCCUUGGAGAAGUGGUUGCCUGUCUCAUACGGGUUCCAUCCGAGGUCAUCAAGCAGAGGGCCCAGGUCUCUCCUUCCUCGAGCACUCUCCGGAUUCUCUCCCACACCUUGUACCAUGAGGGUAUUCAAGGACUUUAUCGGGGUUAUAAAAGCACAGUAUUAAGAGAGAUUCCUUUCUCUCUGGUACAGUUUCCCCUCUGGGAGUCCUUAAAGGAUCUCUGGUCAUGGAAGCAGGGUCACGUGGUGGAUUCUUGGCAGUCAGCAGUCUGUGGAGCUUUUGCAGGUGGAUUUGCAGCUGCAGUCACCACACCGCUCGACGUAGCGAAGACAAGAAUUAUGUUGGCAAAGGCUGGUUCCAGCAACGCCAGCGGGAACGUUCUGGCUGCCCUUGGUGACAUCUGGAGGACACAAGGCCUGUCAGGCUUGUUUGCAGGUGUUGUCCCACGGAUGGCAGCCAUCAGCCUGGGAGGCUUCAUCUUCCUGGGGACAUACGAGAAGAGCCGGCAGCUGCUGCUCUGAGCCGCCCGAGGAGGAGCCAGGCUGGGGGCAGAGCCUUCCUCCCCACCCCUCACAGCAGCUGUCCUGCGGGCUGAGAGCCACUCUGCCUGCUAGAGAGAAGUAAAUCCUCCCAAUAAUCCAGCUUCCCAAACGUGAAAUUUUCCUGCAUGGAAAGUGGGUGAGGUCACUGUGAAGAGUUGUGCCAAAAAAGUAAAGUUUGGGGGGUAAACAGCUAAUUACAGUGGCUGCGAAAGGCAUUAUUAGAACUCCUGCAGGGAAAGGGGUUUGGAAAGCUCUGGCUCGGGGGCUGAGUGGGGAGGCUGAAAUAAAGCAAGUUUUCAUCA